GAAAUCGUCAGGCGAAAAUCUUUUAUUUUUGCUGCUUGCUGUUAUGAAUUCUAUGCAUUUGUUUGUGCUUGUGUGUGCAAAGAAAGAGCGAGAAUUCUCCGCCCGGAUAACGGAUCUUCGAUCUCGUUUGCGUGCGUGUGUUUUGUGUGUGUGUUCGUGUGCGAAUGUUUGCGCAAAUUAAAAAUCAAUGAGCAUCGGGGGAAAAAUGCGGUCCAAAUAAUAAGUGUGUUCAAGCCUUAACUGAGCAAAUAACAGCAAGAAAAGAAAUGCAAUUGUUCGUCAGCCACGUACACACAUUGUACCUGCACUGGCCCAUACAAACAAACAUACGUAUACAUAUAUAGCGGUGGUAGCGACGCCGGCAGAAUCAAAGCAGAGCGCAAAUCGCAAGCCAACAAAAAAACACCUUUUCCACCACGUUAAAAUUGUUAUUGUUUUCCGGCAUUCGGCUACUUCAACAUAAUAUUCAACCGAAAUCAACACAUUACUCGCACCUUAUUAAAUCCACACAAGCGUACAUAAACAUGCAUAGGAAAAAGUGACUGACCAGCAGCAAAAAAAAGAAAAGAAAAAAUCGACUGCGAUUACCAAUCCCAUAACAAAAACCCGUCGGCACGUGUUAAACAAAUUCGAAUUCGUUGCUAAUAGUUUGUUUCUUCUGCAGUCAAUGUAAAUACAAAUUAUCAAGUGAACCUUUAAACAUAUCAAAUACACCUACACAUAUCAAAAAUUAAUACUACAUAAGGAAAGGAUAAAACGGAAACGGCCUAAAAAACAAAUUUAAAACAAGUGCACACCACUGGACAGUACAUAUCAAGCCCGUCGAAAGCAUACAUAUCAACGAGUGAUACGAGACGUAUAAAACAGUUUAACAAGUUCCCAACUCCCCUGAAUCCCUCGCCCGCCCCGAAAUAAGUCCAAGUUCCCAGACACCCACCCGUGCAACCGGAGUAGCCAAGAAGAAUACAAAGUGAACUACCGUGACUAGCCGGCACCGUCGAGUCCGCGAACCAAGUUAGUCAACUACAAAUAAUGCGCAUACAAUAGGAUCGAUGUUACCGCAAAACUGUAUGUCCCUCCAUGAUAUUCCCAAGAGAAAAGAAGGUGUUAUGGCGUUAUGCGUCCAGCAACUAUCGGAGCAAUGGGGUGUCAGCAGCACCGCCCGCUCAGCCACCACGGCCGCCUCCCCCUCCACAUCGACCCCGCCCUCAUCAGUGUACGCCAAGCUUUGGUUAUUCCUGCAACGAAGAGGACUCCUUGGCAAUGCGACAGACACCGCUGCCGCCUUACAGUUCGAUAGCCUGCGGGAUGGACUGCUCCAGCUCAAACUCCAGCUCCUGUGGCCAGAGUUUGAGUCUGAGUCAGGGGCAAAGCCACAACAACAACAACAGCCAUCCGUACCGCCGUCUGCCAAAUCACAUGGAUGUGUUGCCGCCGCCUCCGUCAGCAUGCGACCGCUGCUGUACCGUUCCUGGUUGCAGCUGCGCAAGCUCCUGCGACGAUAUGUUGAUCGACGGAAGCGAUCUGGAUCAGGAUCGGAGUCCGGAUCAGGGACAGGUUCAGCCGGUGGACCGCCGGAUGAUAAGUGCCACCACCUUUACGACCAUGUUUCGGAAAUGCUGCGGCGGCGCGACGGAGUCCACCAACGGAUCCACACUCACGAUUCCAGUCAGCACGGCCAGAGCCACCGCUUAUCCCCCUCAAACGCAAGUCCAGAAUGGCAAACGAUUUCGCGAGGACUUCGAAGCGCUAAUAAAGCAACUCAAGCGCAAGCAGAGAAUCGAACUUAUUCUCGCAGUCCAGAGUCGCGUGGAUCCGCCGACCAAGACGCAGCGCAAUGUCGUGGAACCCACCACCACCACCGCACCCACCUACCUGCAGUGCAUCCUGAUACCGUGCAAAACGCAAACGGUUUGGGAGCCGCACGUGACCGCCAGCCGUCUGUUUUUCUGGAAGGAAUUGUGGAACGCCAAGGAACUGAAGCGACUGCCCACUUGUCCCGCCGCCCGCGACUGCAUCUACAUGUGCUGCAAUCCGCUGCAUUGGUUUCGCAUCCUGCACCAGCCCGAAACAGAAUCCCCAACGCCGCCGUACCAACGCUCAAAAAUGCUGAGACUGAAAGAUGCAGAUUUCGAAGAAGACUCGCAGAACGAUGCAAAGUCGGCAGCGCUGAGCACGUGGAGUGCCCAAAGCACCAGCAUUUCGAGCAUCUACAAGCCGGCUCUCUACGAGUCGGUUACCACUGAUGGAAAAGAUCAUAACAUCAACAGCCAGGUCUGGUGCCAAAUCGCCUACUGGGAGAUGGCCCACCGCGUCGGGGAGUUCUUUCACGCCAAAACGAAUGCAGUCAAUAUCUACACGGAUGGGAUUGUGGCCAGUGAGGUGGACAGCAUGUGCCUACGUGACCUCACACCCGCAGGCAAUCAGAUCCACUCGGCGGAGGUGGUGCCGACAGCGCGUCAUACGGUCGGAUUGGGGGUCACAUUGAGCCUGGAGAACGGCGAUGUUUGGAUCUACAACCGUGGGAAUACAACCAUUUUUGUCGAUUCACCCACCCUGGCCGAAAAUCUGGACCGAGUGUGCAAAGUGAUGCCGGGGUAUUGUCUGAAGGCCUUUGAAACCAAUAGGGCUGAACUGCUGAGCAUGAGAGAGCAAGGACAUCACCCCAUGGGACCCGUCGACUACUUCAGCAUUAAGAUCAGCUUUGGCAAGGGCUGGGGACGCGACUACAAAAGACAGGACAUCAUGGGCUGCCCCUGCUGGCUGGAGGUUCACUUUAGCCAUCUGCGGUGACAGUACCUGAUGCAGGCCCGUUCGGCAGGACCUCAUUCGGCAUCCCAGCACGUGGUUGAGCCUGGCUUGGGAUGCGCCUGCGAUCAGGUGAGCAGCUGGCGAUCGCGCCAACUGCUGCAGAAGGCGCAGAAGCUGCUGACCAGGCUGUGCAGGCAGGUGUGCGCACUGACGGACUAUCGUCCGGCGAGGACGAGAUGGCGGUGUCUGGCGGGCAGGAGAUCGAGCCGCCAGUUAAACACUAAACAACCAAUAAUUUGGAACAACAAAGGACUGCAAAAGAAAUCAUUUUAAAUGUUAAUAUACAUAAUUACGAAACAAGUUUCAAUUACUGCUAGUAGACACAUCGAAAUUAAUUUUAACGCAUCUGAGUCGCAUUAAGAGAGAGAGAGAGAGAGCAAAGAAAGAGAGAGAAAGCGGUGACGAGAAGUCGUAGCGAGUCGAGCCGAAAUACAUAGUAAUUGAUUGUUAAAAAUACUUAGCAAAAAUUGAAAUCCUGUGAUUCACUCUAUAUAUAUACACAUGUAGUACGUACCGACGCAAGGGGCUAGAGCUCCAUUGCCAGUAGCUAUAUGAUAUGUAUAAAUAUUUAAUCUAACAUACAUACUUAACAGAAGGCACAUCAGGGUUAAUAGUUUCAAGAAUGGCGAACAGUCUAGUUACGAUGCAAUACAUUCAAAAAGCCACUACCUUUUCUAUGCGACGUUUUUAGAACAACCCAAGCCCAUAAUUUAUACACCACCCAAAUGAAACCAAACAUCACUGAAAUACAAAUCUGUUCAGUAGAAUCUGCAUAGAUCCUAGGUUAACGAAAAAAACACCAUUAACAAAUUCUAAACGGUUUUAGAUUCUAGCGCAUUAGGAUCCAAUUGGCUUUAGAAAGCAAACGUCAUGUUCGAACAUUAUUUGUUUUAUGUUGAUAUUUUGACUGUUUUCGUUGUCAUUAUUACGUUCAUUCAUUGUUUAAAUUAAAAAAUCUGUCAUUUGUCAAUUGUAUAAAAAGAUAUAUCGCAACACGAUACUUACAUCAGCUGAAUACCAUUGAAUAAAUUCAUUUAAAUCUGUAAUCAUUUUAUGUCCAUUGACGAAGCACCAACUUCGUUUGCAUUUCCAUCUGUAGCAAAUGCGAAUUCGAGGAACUGGUGCUCUAUUUUAAAUCCGUGCGCUAGAUAUUUUAAGCCAUUACCAAACCAAACUGCAUGUAGGCCAUCCUAGAAUCCCAGCCUUGUAUGUAUUUCGUUCUAAGAAUAAAUGCGAUCCACGUUAAACAUUUA